GUGGUUUCGGUUAGUCAUCGUUGGUUUUCUUUAGAGCGAAUCAAAGCAUCGACGAUGUCUGAGACAAAUGCUUCAUUUGUUGAAGGUUCCCACUCUCAAGUUCGUGUCUUUGUGAGGAGAAAUAAGAGAAGCAGAAUAAUUCAACAAAAGGAGCAUCUACCUUCAAAUACCCACAACGACAAGAAGCUUGUCCUACCCGAGAUUGAAGAUUUUGCAUACAGUGGAGCAAAAGAAUUGGAUCACUGUAGGAAAUCAGAAAUGGACUCAGAUGUGACUCCAGUGAAAAGUGAAGUUGCUUCUGCUAGACUCAGCGGUGAAUCACCUGCUCACUGGGAAAAGGUGCUUGAGGGGAUUCGCAAAAUGAGGUGUUCUGCAGAUGCACCAGUGGACACUAUGGGAUGUGAGAAGGCUGGCAAUACACUACCUCCUAAGGAAAGAAGAUUUGCUGUCUUGGUAUCUUCUCUUUUAUCAAGCCAAACUAAGGAUCAUGUUACGCAUGGAGCAAUCCAACGGCUUCUGCAAAAUGAUCUCCUUACUGCUGAUGCAAUCAAUAAUGCUGAUGAAGAAACCAUCAAAAAGUUGAUUUACCCUGUUGGGUUUUAUACACGAAAAGCCACUAACUUGAAAAAAAUUGCUAAUAUUUGUCUCAUGAAGUAUGAGGGAGACAUACCUAGCUCAAUUGAACAACUACUCUUACUUCCAGGCAUUGGUCCUAAGAUGGCUCAUCUGGUUAUGAAUGUUGGAUGGAACAAUGUCCAAGGGAUAUGUGUAGAUACUCAUGUCCAUCGCAUUUGCAACCGGCUUGGGUGGGUGUCAAGAUUGGGCACAAAACAGAAAACUUUGACUCCUGAAGAGACAAGAGGGGCACUGCAACGGUGGCUUCCAAAGGAAGAAUGGGUUCCAAUAAACCCUCUAUUGGUAGGAUUUGGACAGACAAUUUGUACACCUCUGAGACCUCGUUGUGGAGAAUGCCGUAUAAGUGAGUUAUGCCCAUCAGCCUUCAAGGAAGCCUCAAACUCAAGCCCAUCUUCCAAGCCCAAAAAGUCUGGACUCAACAAAAAGCUUUAACGUGGACCCCAAAAAAAGCUAAAGAAUAACCAUUAUUUUGGAUUUGGGUUAUUUUUUGGGGGGUCACAGGUUUAAUUUGAACGAGUCAUCACUGCAAAUUUUCACAUGUACACACGUAUAGAUCAGUACUAGGCUGUGACCAAAUUAUUAUGAGGCUAUUAUUUUGCAGAAAAACUUGUAUUCAACGUUGGAUGAUUUGAAACCUGGUUUUAUUA